CGAGUUGCCUAUGAAUGCGUCAUGGGACCGAACGCGGAAGUAUAUGAGCUGUAAUGUUACUGCAGGCAUGCUGUGAAACAGGUAUUUUGUGAACCUGUAUUUCCAAAGCCUAACAUACAAAUUCAUGGCCAUGUCUCAGAGGAACCUGAAGGAAGCGUUUGUCAGUAAUCUCAACGGGACCAGUCUGCAGGAGGUGGCACUGGGCUCAUUUCUGACCCCAUUAUGUCUCAUCAACAGAGGACUGAUCUUGACCCUCUACUAUCAGGCCAAAGGGACUCUUCCGCUGCCACUUCCACAGAUUACUCAUCUGCUUCUAGACUUCAGUGUGCUUGUCCUUCCCCUCGUCCUGUCCUGCACGGUUCUGAGCAGCGUCCUUCACCAGGUCAUCUUGAGCCUGACUGUCAUUUCGGCUUGUGUGUUAUGCUAUAUCUAUCGUGUCAACAGUAAUCGUUCUGCUCAACACCCACAGAACACCAUCAGCACCUUUCUUCAGAGUCACGUUCAAUUCAGCCAGGUUCCCUUUGUCACCAUCUUUCGAGUGUUUGUAAAUGUGAAAACAGCAAUCAGCAUUCUUGCUGUAGACUUUGCGGUCUUCCCAAGGCGAUAUGCUAAAACUGAAACCUAUGGGACAGGGGUUAUGGACUUUGGAGUAGGAGCGUAUGUCUUCGCAAAUGCCCUUGUCUGCCCAGAGGCACGGGGGAAGAACAUCUCCGGGUCCAAGAUGAAUUAUGUCACAAAGCAGCUCUUGUCUGUCUGGCCCUUGGUUGUUCUUGGUAUGGGAAGGCUAAUUAGCCUCAAAAUGUCCAGCUACCAUGAGCAUGUGACAGAAUAUGGCGUCCAUUGGAAUUUUUUCUUCACCCUUGCCAUCGUCAAAGUUGUGGCUACUGUGCUUUUGGCCAUUCUACCAGCCAAUCAGUCAUGGCUAAUUGCCCUCCUGAUCAGUGGAUCUUAUCAGUUCGCUCUGGAGACGUCAGAAGGACUGAAGGCUUUUAUUAUCCACAACAACGACAGAGAAAAGGACUUCCUGCAUGCCAACAAGGAGGGCAUAUUCUCUGUUGUGGGCUAUGUAGCCAUCUACAUGGCAGGAGUUCAGGUUGGACUCUAUUUGAUGCAGCCAAGAUCCCAAGUUAGACAGUGGCUCAAGGCACUAUUUAACCUCUCAUUGGGAAGUUUUGUCCUUUACACUGCAUUGUACGCAUGUCAGACACUGAUUGAGCCUGUGUCUCGCCGCAUGGCUAAUUUACCUUUCUUCAUCUGGAGUGUUGGUCAAUCUUUGUUUUUUAUGUCCUGUCUUGGUAUGGCUGAUAUGGUUUUACUGUUUUCCAAAAGAACAUCAGGUUGUCACUUUGUACCGUCGUCAUGGAAUUUGUAUAAAAAACAAUCAGAUUCUGACAAAAAGACAGGUGAGCCAGAAAGACACUGUCUUAUUCAAGCUGUCAGCAGGAAUCAAUUGUUAUUUUUCUUGCUUGCAAAUGUCUUGACAGGAAUGACCAACUCUGUAGUGGACACGCUUAGUUGCAGCAACUCAUUGUCUGUGUGUGUUAUGCUCUCAUACAUGUUCUUGAAUUGCUUUGUAAUAUAUGUUUUACAUCUAUUUGGAAUUACAAUUAAAUUCUGGUAAAAUGACACUCAUAAAACUGCAAGGUGUAUUUUAAAGGUUUCCUUGGGACAAUGAAAGGUGCUGUACACUGCAUGCAGAGCAUUUCUUUUUAGAGCCAGAGCAGAGAUUGCCCACACAGGCUCUCAUUGUCUUUCCCAAUGUGACGCAUAUGGAUGCUUAUGGGGGUCCCUUGGCGUCACUUUUAACUUGUUGGGUUCUCGCAUGCAUGCAGAUGUAUCCGGGCUGGGCCAGCAACCACAAAAAAGAACAAAGCUCGUAUCACAACGCAUCCAGAGAGAGUUUGAUUUAAUUCCUUUGAAAACACUGGGAGGAUGAUGUAUUUUAAGGAGGUGUAAUGGGAUACUAUUGUAUAUAUAUGUCAUAUAAAUGC